ACUGUACACCGCAAGCAUUACUGAUACGAGUAGUAUAAUGCUUCCCCCGCAGUGUACACACAUAUAGCCUAUCUGCAGACCUACAACCAGGAAGCCUAUAUAUUAGGGAGAACGCCUCUUGUACUGGGGGCAUCAUCAACAAUGUCGCAGGAUGCCGAGACAAAAGCCAACUUGGACUGCUGGAAACAAUUUCUAAAAUCAUUGAAAGCAGAAUUACCAAUUGCCAGAAAAGACGACGCGAUUGAUAGCCCUGAUACCUGUACAUGUCUGUCAGAUGAUUUUGCACAAAAGCUAGAGGCCCACGACCCUUCAACGGAUGGCCUUAGAACUGGAUCAGCUACACACGUGACUGGCAAUUCAGAGAGAAAAUCAAAGCUUAGACCCUUUAACAGUGUCGCUUGUGACACUCCUAUUUUGGAUAUCUUGAAAUUUGCAAAUGGCGAUGACGUUAGUUCCAGAGAUAACGGAAGUGGCGACACAAUUGGCAUGGAAAUGAACCCAAUAGACGUGACUGCUGAAGAUGACAUAAUUGAGGAGUCAGAAAGAAAGACUCCACUCAAGAAAGAACUCCAACUUCUCAAAUUUGAAUGGUUGUCUUAUUCACAAGAUAAGAUCAAGGAACAACCAUUAUCUGUCGUAAAACGGGGAAAACCCUCCACACUGUUUUACUGUGAUAGAUCCAAUCAUGUUAGCAAAUGGACGUUAAGGAUGCUUUCAAAAUAUUUCAUCUUUAAAACAUGUGUCAAAGACCUUGAGCUCGCAUACCAACCGUCAGAUGCAGGUGCUGAAUUACCUUCACUGGUUAAGGAACAUUAUGACACCCUUCUGAAAUUCCAAGAGGUUUCUCUAAAGGAUAUAACGAGCUGUCUUGUCAAAGAGAGCGACGCUCGCAUAUUCAUUGAUCGUUUGCUCCUUGAAGUUUGUAAAGCUCACAACCUAAGGUUGCAAACUGAGAGAGACUUCAAAUCGACACGACUCCCAAACGGGACGUUUGAUUAUCUUAUUUCAAAAGAAAACCGUAAACCCGUUGGCUGUGUUGAAGCCAAAACUCCCUUUAGUUUGGAUAAAAAGGCGUUUGUGCAGUCUGUCUUGCAAGUAUGUGCUAUUCAACAGCUGGCAUGGAAGAAUGGCGUUGAUGUCGAAGCGGUUCCGGUGUUUUGCAUUUUGACCGAUAGUUUUCGGUUUGUGUUUAUUCAGCUCCAGGGGAGGGAACUCCGACUUGAACAUCAACCCCCAACUGCUUCAAAUGCUGGGGAGCAGGUCCCAUUAUUAAGAGUUCGGUCCCUUGUGGCCGAGGAUUUUGAAUGUGUGGUGAACGCCAUCUCGAGUCUUAUUUCUCCUUGUUGUGAAGUGACGAGAUAAUAAUUAUGGACUAUUAAACUUGCAGGUAAUUGAAUGGGAAAUGCAUCCAUUGUCACUUUGUCAAAGUGUGUUCUUAUGUAUUGAUUUAACGUUAAUACAUGGUGUCUAUGUGAUAUGAAAUCGGUGUAACCUGUAACGCAUCAUGAAAAGGAGAAUAUUUGUGUAAACUCCAGAAGGUCAUGUAGGCCUAUGACUCAACCACUAUCAUAAUUUUUUUUUAUGUUUAUUCAACAAGAUAUUUCUCAGGCAUAUAAUUAUGGAAACAAACAGUUAUUUUCAGUGACAGUGGUAGAAACAACACAGUAUCACUAAACCAAAUGGUCACCCAAAUAUUAUUAAUUGAAGGGAUUUGCAAUUUAUCACAAACCAGUCACUGUUUAGUUUGUGCAAACGCCCCUUGCUCAGAAGUUGCUUCAUCAAAGUUACAAAGUUCAAGGCCUCAAUAAAGCUUUCAAAAAGUUUGAUGGUAGGAGAUUUCCAAAUUUGACACAACAGUCACAAAAAUGAUGUCGGAUUCAAUUCCCUAUUUUGACUUUGUACCAUAUGUUCCCGUGUUUUUUCUCAGGUGAACAACUUAAAAGCCUUUAAAAGUGUUUGUGACGGGUGCCACCGGUAGGGCAGGUUGCGCUCACCUUUUCGCGAACACCUGGUACCAUCACUAUUUGAUAGUGAUUCAUAAACAAAUUUUCAUGAUAUUGUCGGUAUCGUAGAAUUUCCUCUGCUUUUGGCAGAUAUUUCUUAUGAAUAUGGAAAAGGUUUUGUCGCUUUAAUUUACAUUGAGCCUUUAUGCUAUCUUCAUUACAAAAGGGACGGUCGGAGUGGUCAUGCGUUCGCUAGUCACGCCGAAGACCCGGGUUCGAUUCCCGAAUGGGUACAAUGUGUGAAGCCCAUUUCUGGUGUCCCUCACCGUGAUAUUGCAGAAAUAUUGCUAAAAGCGGCAUAAAAUCAUACUCACUCACUUACACAUUACUAAAGAAAACAACUCCUUGAUAAUAUAGCGGAUCCAUGUGCAAAGUCAAAAAGUAUAUAGGUUGAGUGAGUGAGUGAGUUUUACGCCGCUUUUAGCAAUAUUCCAGCAAUAUCACGGCGGGGGACACCAGAAAUGGGCUUCACACAUUGUACCCAUGUCGGGAAUCGAACCUGGGUCUUCGGCGUGACGAGCGAAUGCUUUAACCACUAAGCUACCCGACCGCCCCGUAUAUAAGUGGAAGUACGUGAAGAUGGGACAAGAUUAUAGUUAAGCAGCAUUGUAUCUAGAGAGCUGGAAUGUACUCAUUUUCCUUAUUUAUUCUUUUUUUUCAGAUUCUUUUUGUUUUUAAAGCAAGUAUAUUGGGCAUAAAAUAUUUUGAAAAUCU